GGCAGGGGGCAGCGCCCCCGCGUGCCCACUGCUCCUGGCCGACAAGAGCCCGCCAGGCCUGAAGGGCAAGGAGCCCGUGGUGUACCCCUGGAUGAAGAAGAUCCAUGUCAGCGCCGCAAUUCUGAAAGGCAUUCUCUGGGAAAAGUCUAUGGAGAAGCGAGGGAUCUUCUUGCAAAUAAUGUGGUCUCGGGCAAAGACUCAGCAUCUUCACUGUCUGCUCAAAAAAUGCCUGGAUUCUUGGUGGAAAUUGAAUGUCAAGCUGCAAAACCUCAAAUGGCAGAUUAUCAUCACUUAAGAGUGCCUGGACACCGGAAACAGCGGUUCCCUGAGCUCCCAGAGCUGGAGACACUCUCUGGUUCAGUCUUCGACAUCUUUCGAGGUCUGCGCGGGGCAGCCAUUGGCGGCGGAGCGUCACGUGACCGCGGGGGCGUGCCAAUGUGCGCCCUCACGGGUGUCAAGUCCCUGUCAGAGUGUGCGAUCAAGAUCCUGAAACAACGCGAUGCAAAAAGCGACCUACUACGACAGCUCGGCGAUCUACGGUGGCUACCCUUACCAGGCAGCCAAUGGGUUCGGUUAUGAUGCCAGUCAGCAGCCGUACCCGGCGUCUGCGGCAAUGGGCGCUGAUGGCGAGUACCACCGACCGGCCUGUUCACUCCAGUCGCCUACGAAUGCCAGGGUCCACCCGAAGGCGCACGAGCUGAGCGAGGCGUGUCUGCGCACCCUGAGCGGUCCUCCCAGCCAGCCCCCAGGCCUGGGCGAGCCGCCCCUGGCCCCACCGCCACCCCAGGCCGCUCCCCCUGCCCCACAGCAGCCUCAACCCCCUCCGCAGCCCCCUGCGCCCACCCCUGCUGCGCCCCCGCCCCCCUCAUCAGUCUCCCCACCUCAGAAUGCCAGCAGCAACCCCACCCCUGCCAGCGCAGCCAAGAGCCCUCUACUCAACUCGCCCACCGUGGCCAAACAAAUCUUCCCCUGGAUGAAAGAGUCUCGGCAAAACACUAAGCAGAAAACCAGCGGCUCCAGCUCAGGGGAGAGCUGUGCAGGCGACAAGAGCCCACCUGGGCAGGCGUCGUCCAAGAGGGCGCGCACGGCCUACACGAGCGCGCAGCUGGUGGAGCUAGAGAAGGAAUUUCACUUCAACCGCUACCUGUGCCGGCCCCGCCGGGUAGAGAUGGCCAACUUGCUGAACCUCACCGAGCGCCAGAUCAAGAUCUGGUUCCAGAAUCGCCGAAUGAAGUACAAGAAGGAUCAGAAGGGCAAGGGCAUGCUGACGUCUUCAGGGGGACAGUCCCCAAGUCGCAGUCCUGUGCCCCCUGGAGCGGGCGGCUAUCUGAACUCUAUGCAUUCGCUGGUUAAUAGCGUCCCUUAUGAGCCUCAGUCGCCCCCGCCUUUCUCCAAGCCCCCCCAGGGCGCCUAUGGGCUGCCCCCGGCCUCCUACCCCGCACCCUUGCCCAGCUGUGCACCCCCGCCGCCCCCACAGAAGCGCUACACGGCGGCGGGGGCGGGCGCCGGGGGCACACCCGACUAUGAUCCGCAUGGGCAUGGCCUGCAGGGCAACGGCAGCUAUGGGACCCCACACUUACAGGGAAGCCCCGUCUUCGUGGGGGGCAGCUAUGUGGAGCCCAUGAGCAACUCUGGCCCACCCCUCUUUGGCCUAACUCACCUACCCCACGCCGCCUCGGCUGCCAUGGACUACGGGGGCGCUGGGCCGCUGGGCAGCGGCCACCAUCACGGGCCCGGGCCAGGGGAGCCGCACCCCACCUACACGGACCUUACCGCCCACCAUCCUUCUCAGGGAAGAAUUCAGGAAGCCCCCAAGCUCACCCAUCUGUGAUGGUGGGCUCAGGGCUGCGCGCCAGGAGACUGCCCCCGCCCCCACCACUUUUCUUUUUCAUUUGCUUUUUCUGUUAUGUUUUGUUUAAGGUUUUUCCUGCCCCUCCCUUUUCUCUCUCCUCCAUUCCCCAUUCUCUCCCUCUCCCCUCCCCCGUUUUGUUUUCUUUGGUAUCACGUUUUUAUAGUUUAUGUGACGUAGCAAUCUUGGUUGCUGGAAUGGCUGUCUGUAUCGGUAGCGAUAUUUAUCUUCUCCCGCCCCUCGCUCGGCCGCUGGCCCUGCACCCUUUACCUUCUCUACUCUUUGAUCAGAAACAGGGUAUAUGAACAGAUUUUCUAGCCGAGUUCUCCAAUGUGAAUUUGUUCGUACAUUAUGGCUCCCGAGGGGAAGCGAUUACUUUUUUUUUAAUUUUUAGUUUUUUUAAAAAUUGCACUUCUUGUAAAGAGCGAGAAAAAAAAAAUCAAAGGCGCUUUGAAACAGGGGCUCCCUGUGCAAGGAUGACUAAGUGUACGUCUUUCCGUGUGUGUAUGCUGGUGAACAGUCAGAUUUAUUUAUAUUUUUUUUGCAAGCAUUGAAUAAUCUAAGUUUUAAAUAUUAUUUAUCCCCAUCCGCUCGUAUUUAUAUUAAAGAAAUUCUGUACCCUGAUUGUUCAGAAGGUUUCUUGGGCCUUUUGUUCAACGGUGUAUUGGCGUACAUAGAAAAAAUUUUAUUUGAAAGGGAAAUAUAAUUCCUUUAUAAAAACGGUAAUGAUGCAAUAAUACCAGAGAGGAUCCAGCUUUUGAAAACAGUGAUUUAGGUUUGUAACAUCAGGCAAAACUGAAAAAAACAAUCUGUAAACGCGAAAAAUGCUAGAUUUGUUUUGAGAGUUCUACAUUCCUUGCUGCUCACAUU